AUGCAGCGAAACUCAGAGAGCGGUAAGCGCCACGGCAAGAGAAAGCUCUCCGCAUCACCGCAACGAAGCAUCUCCGACCUUCUCUCCUCCAAGCGGCCUCGCCGCUCCCCAUCUCCAUCUCCAACGCGCAAACCAACCCUUCCACCCCCGACCCCGAUCCACAACCACAGCCAGAAUCAGAUGCAUCAGUUUUCCAGUUCCCCGCCUAGGAAUGGCGCUCCGCUGAGGGGCGCGUCGUCGGGGCCGGGCCCUGGUCUGAAUAACGUCAGCGUCGGUGGUGUCGGCGUGCCUGGUCGACCGCAGUCUUUGAAUGUUGGUGCUCGGCAGAGUAACUUCUCCCCACAUACAGGCGCGAAGAAGCUUGUUGUUAAGAAUCUGAGGCUUGGGCCGCGGCUCAACCAGGAGUCUUAUUUUGAUAAGGUUUGGUCGCAGCUUGAUGCUGCGCUGACGGCUGUGUUUGAUGGCCGGAAGCCGGAAUCUUCCCUUGAGGAGCUUUACAAAGGCGGGGAGAAUAUUUGUCGACAAGAACGUGCUGCUGUGCUGGCACAACGGCUUCAAGGUCGCUGUCGGGAUUAUGUUAAUGGGAAGAUGAGGGAGGGUCUUAUUGCUAGGGCUGGUGGGAGUGCCGAUGUUGAUACUUUGCGGGCUGUUCUUGAGACUUGGUCUGCAUGGCAUUCGAGACUUGUCACCGUUCGUUGGAUCUUCUAUUAUCUCGACCAGUCGUUCCUGUUACAUUCGAAAGAUCAGCCUGUGAUCCGGGAAAUGGGUUUGAUUCAGUUCCGGUCUUAUAUUUUCAAUGACGCCAGCUUGAAGCCGAAGAUCUUGAAGGGUGCUUACAAUUUGAUUGCUGCGGAUCGAGGCGCUGAUGUCGGGGCACUGGCGGACUCGGCCCUGCUACGGGAGGCCAUGGAUCUGUUCCACAAUCUCGACGUUUACAGCAGUGACUUUGAACCUUUAUUGAUGUCCGAGACUGAGAAGUUCGUUACGUCAUGGUGUCAACGGGAAGUUGCAGAAAACCUGGCUACGUACGUCGAUAGUACUCGUCGCUUGAUUGAGCGUGAAGUGGAACGCUGCAAUUUGUUCUCUUUCGCCCGAAGCACGAGGCUGAAGCUGUCCGAGCUCUUGGAUGAGACUCUGAUCGUGAAGCAAACCGACCUGUUGACCAACGACAACGAUGUGCUUGCUUUGAUGAGAGCCGGAAACAAGGAUGCCCUUCAACAGCUCUACAACCUGCUUGCUCGACGGGAUUUGACCCUCCAACUGAAGAGUGCCUUCAAGAAAUACAUCGUCGAGGAAGGUGAAGGGAUCGUGUUCGAUCAAGAGAAUGAAGCACACAUGGUCGUCAACCUUCUCCAGUUCAAGCGCAAGGCCGAUGAUAUCUGGAGCACUGCUUUCGACUCAAAUGAGGAACUGGGCCAUACCCUCCGUGAGGCCUUUGGUAUUUUCAUGAACCGCGGAAAGAAGAUGGAGUCCACAGGUGGCACCGACAAUCCCAAGGCUGGUGAGAUGAUUGCCAAGUAUGUAGAUAGACUACUCAAGGGUGGCCUCAAGGUAUCUUCCGAAGGACAACAGACUCUCAUCGACGAGGACGCUGAACUCGACCGGCAAAUGGAUCAAGUGCUUGACCUUUUCCGAUUUGUGCACGGCAAGGCUGUCUUCGAGGCCUUUUAUAAAAAUGACCUUGCACGACGUCUGUUGAUGGGCCGAAGUGCGAGCAGCGAGGCGGAGAAGAGCAUGUUGGCUCGUCUGAAGAAUGAGUGUGGAUCAAACUUCACACAUAAUCUUGAAUCCAUGUUUAAUGAUAUGGACACUGCGAAGGCUGAAAUGGUGGCAUUUGACGCGCUACAGAAGCAGAGGUCACAUAAAGAGCGCACACCGGUCCCCCUACACGUCAGCGUCCUCUCUGCUGCCUCUUGGCCAUCAUACCCCGACGUCACGGUACGGAUUCCAUCCAAAAUUGCCAAGUCCAUCAACAACUUCGAGGCAUUCUAUCAGACCAAACACAAAGGACGAAAACUCGACUGGAAGCAUCAAUUAUCACAUUGUCAACUGAAUGCAUAUUUCCCCAAAGCAAACGGCAAAGGCAAUAACAUGAAGAACCUAGUAGUCAGCUCAUUCCAAGCAAUCGUCCUACUACUCUUCAAUGACGUUCCAGAUGGCGAAAGCCUAGAUUAUACCCAAAUACAAGAAGCGACCGGACUAUCGGAUCCAGAAUUAAAGCGGACACUCCAAUCAGUCGCAUGCGCCAAAUACAAAGUCCUCAUCAAAAGCCCCAAAGGCAAAGACGUAAAGCCAACCGACAAAUUCUGGUUCAACGCCGGCUUCACCGAUCCGCAAACACGCAUUAAGAUCAACCAGAUCCAGCUCAAGGAAACGAAAGAGGAGAAUAAGACGACGCACGAACGUAUCUCCGCCGAUCGACACCUCGAGACCCAGGCUGCUAUCGUACGUCUCAUGAAGAGUCGUAAGGUCCUUGGCCAUGCCGAGUUGAUUUCGGAGGUUCUCAAUGCCACAAAGAGUCGGGGUGCGUUGCAGCCUUCAGAGAUCAAGGGCGAGAUUGAAAAACUCAUCGAGAAAGACUACAUGGAGCGCAAAGAAGGUACCAAUGCAUACAGUUACGUGGCAUAG